UCUUGGACCUGUAAUAAAAGCUUAAUUGGGUGCCAAUAUGUUUAAACAUCUAAAUGCAAUAUCAAUAUUCAUAAUUAAUGGAAUGAUAAUACUGAUUAUAAAAAAUAGCAGCAGAAAUAGCAGCAUAAUAUUCCAGCACUCCCAACAGUGGAAACGCUUAUCUUGGAGAAGCCUUGGUUCACAUUAGGGACUACUUUCAUGAAUCAAAGGGAAGCCGCAGAGACGUUCCCAAGAACCUGGUGUUGAUCACAGAUGGUAAUUCUCAUGAUGACGUGGAGGAUGCCGCAGAAGCGGUCAGGAAAAUGGGGAUUACAAUAUUCGCCAUUGCUGUUGGAGAUGUCUUUUACCUACAGCUCCUGCAGAUCACUGGCACACCAGAGAAGGUGUUUAAUGUCGACAGCUUUGACAGCUUGGCAAAUAUCAAGAAAAAGAUCAUUGACGAAAUCUGUGGGACUGUGCCUGAUGACGACCCCAAAAUUGAUUGCACCAUCGACGUUGCAAUAGGAUUCGACAUUACUGACACGAGUGGAUCCAACAACAUGCUGAUCAGUGGCUACAUCCAACACCUGGAAGAGAUUGUCCAUCAUAUUUCACAUAUUUCAACAGUAGAAAACUUGUGCUGCACUGGCGUCCCCCGGUCCCCGGUCAAGACCCAAAUCGCCUUCCAUUUGGUAGACAGAGAUGGCAGGGCCUUGUAUGAUACAAGUUUUCCAGACUUCAGUGAGGACGUGUUGAAGAAAGUCUUGAGCUGGAAGUUGUCCCAGCCGACCUACUUUAACUCUGAGCUGCUGAAUUUCUUCAAGGAGAGGUUCAAAGCCAGGUCCAAGGCUACUGUCAAGGUCUUGAUGAUCUUCUCUGAUGGACUCGAUGAAAACGUCGUGAGUCUACAGCGGGAAUCAAAGCUGCUGCGAGAGUCUGGGGUCAGCGCCCUGCUGGCCGUGGCUCUGAGGGGCACUGACCACGCUCAGCUACAGAAGGUGGAGUUUGGCCGCGGAUUCGGGUACACUGAUCAGCUCAUAAUCAGCAUGCCGAGCAUCGGCAGCACCAUAUUCCAACAGAUUAGCACUGUGACAGCUCGGGAAUGCUGCGGAGUGAUGUGCAAAUGUUGGGGAGACAAAGGCCCCCGUGGUCUUCCAGGCCCCCCAGGGGUAAAGGGUGAGGAGGGAGAGCGGGGUCAUCCAGGUUUCCCGGGAGAAGAAGGAGUCAGUGGCGAGCGAGGUCCUCCUGGACUUCCUGGACUUCAGGGGAUCCGGGGCUGUCCUGGGAGCAGAGGACAGAAGGGCUACCGAGGCAUCUCAGGCAACAAGGGCGACGACGGCGAGGAUGGACUGAACGGCAUCGAUGGAGAGCAGGGAGAGACGGGACACAGUGGACUGAAAGCAGACCGAGGACCGCCGGGAAACCCAGGUACCCCGGGGACAAAAGGCGAGCUGGGGCUGAAAGGACAGAAGGGACUGAGAGGAGACCCGGGCACCCCGGGUGUCGACAACAACAGACCAGGACCCAAAGGAGACCCCGGCAGCCCAGGGAGACCAGGUGAUCCUGGUUCAGACGGGUACGGGGGUGACGGUGGACUCGAUGGAAACCCGGGUCGUAACGGAAGAAGAGGUCCCAGUGGUGAGAAGGGGUCACCUGGCGAGAAAGGAAACCGAGGACCUUCCGGUAUCCCAGGUGCUGCUGGGCCACAGGGCCCUGCUGGGGAGAAAGGGGAACCUGGACCCAAAGGAACACCUGGUUUUCCAGGAAAUCAGGGUGAACAUGGAUCUGUUGGAGAACCAGGGCUACCUGGAAGUCGUGGCCCUAAUGGGCAGAAGGGCCAACCAGGAGAACCAGGUGUGAAGGGUGUGCCGGGACCACCGGGACCCAGAGGAAUGCCGGGUCUGGAUGGUCGUGACGGGUUUGGACCUGAAGGACCGAAAGGUUCCAAGGGAGAUGCUGGUUUUCCUGGUUACCCUGGUAUACUGGGCGACGAAAGUGCGAAGAGAAGAGGAGGACGCCGCUAGAGCACGUCCUGAUUACUGAUCUAGGACGAAUUCAGUUCAGAAAGCUGGGCCCAAAAGGUCCUCCUGGGAACAGAAGCCUGUCUACAUCUGCUUCCUCAGCAAGGAUGCUGGCGACUGUGUGAAUUACACCGUCAAGUGGUUCUUCGACCACAAACGCAGCGUCUGCUCUCGCUUCUGGUACAGCGGCUGCGGAGGCAACAAAAACCGCUUUGAGACACAGGCAGAAUGUGAGAGAGUUUGUCUGUCAAAGCACAGAUGAGGCGUUGGGCCACCGAUCUCCACUGACAGUAGACACAGCAGAGCAGCAGAGCGACCUCAGAGCAGCUUUGUCCACAGUGGGUUUUGUUCUGGGCGGUUAAAAUGUUCCAAGACUUAAAACAACAUCACGAGGAGCCGCCUUUUCUUCCAUGUAUGGUUAGUUUAGUUCACUCCUCUGAAACUACUUUACUGAAAUGGAAUAAUUUUUUUUAUGUCACAGGGUGCUAUUUUUAAAGGGUUUUUUUUUUCUUUUUAAAUACUUUAAAUGCUUCCAAAAUUAAGAAAAGCCAUCAUGAGAAUGUGAUGAAAAAUGAUUUUAUGCCUAAAACAUGAAUUAUGUUUAACAGAUGCCAAAGGAAUCAGGACUGGGCUGUCCUUUUGCGUGAUACAAAUUUCGACGUUGGUACAGUGCUUUUGCAGCUGCAGCCGUGCAAAACACAAAUCUAUGAGAAAAUUUAGAAACAUCAAAAGUUAAAGUGAAAACAGCGCCAUCUAAUGAAACGCUGCCCCCUGCUGGUGAACAUUUUAAAACCUGCCUUUAAAAGUCCAAAUAUUUCCAGGGCUUGAAGCAGCUCCUCUGAAACAGCUGUAUGUAUUUUUGUAACUCCACUGUUAUUUUGUACUGUUUGUUUCUGAAUAAAAGUUUCUGUUUAGAUAAAAGUC